GCGCUCGGAGGUGCUCGGCGGAGGCCGAUGGGCUGCGGGCGGCUGCGCUCGGUGCCGGCGGCGGCUCCGGGACCCCAGCGGGGGUGCGGCAGAGGUUCGGGGUGUUGAAGGGCACGGCGGUGGAACGGCUCCCCCCUGGCCCAGCCCGGGGGGAUGCCCCGUGGCUAAGCGAGGAGAAUAGUCCGGCAACCUGGUGCAUGGCCCAGCUAUGGAGGUGGUGGACGAGACGGAGGCUCUGCAGCGCUUCUUUGAAGGCCAUGACAUCAACGGAGCCCUGGAACCAUCUAACAUUGACACCAGCAUCCUGGAGGAGUACAUCAGCAAGGAGGACUCACCAGAUAUCUGCUUCCCUGACAUCCCUGCUUCGGCCAGCUAUGCGCACCCGCAGCCCUGCAGCUCGGUCCCCAGCACGCCUCUGGGCAGCUCAGCCACCAGUGUGACCGGUGCCACCUCUGCCCUCCACCUCCCUGCCCCGGGCAGCCAGCUCCCAGCCCGCCACGCUCCUCUGCUGCCCAGCCCCUGCGGACCCAGCUACGGCGCUCACCUCAACUGCAAUAACAACAAUGGCAUGGUGGUGCCCAAGGGCUACCUCGGUGGCCACUGCCUAAGCAACGUGGUCCCUCCAAUCAAAGCAGAGCCUAAGGCCUCCUAUGCACCUGGCACUUUACCUGACUCUCCUCCAGAUUCGGGAUCAGAAGCUUACUCCCCUCAGCAGGUGAAUGAUCCUCACCUCCUCCGGACCAUGACCCCUGAAAACAUGUGCCACAUGACUCCCCCUUCUCGCCUGGAGCACCCUCCUCCUCCUCCCCCCCCCCCCCCUCCCCCUCCACACCUUCAAGGUGUCCCCCCACCCCCUCACCCCCACCAGCAGCAGCACCCCCCUCACUACCCCAGCCUGCAGCGGGACAUGUACAUGAAGGCUGAGCCCCUGAUGCCACCCUACGGCCUCGGGCAGGGCAUGGCACCUGCUGAGCUCCACCACGCCCAGCAGUCACAGAUGUUGCACCAACUACUCCAGCAGCACGGAGCAGACCUGCCAGUGCAUCCUGCCAAGAAGCGGAAACACUCCGAGUCCCCUCCCACCACUCUCAAUGCCCAGAUGCUCAACGGGCUGAUAAAGCAGGAGCCAGGCAUGGGGUCGGUGCCACUCAACCCUGACCGAGUGCCAACCCCCCCCUGGCACCAGCCAGGAGCACUUUCACCAGGUCUGAUCCAAGACAACGACAGCUUGAACGGCUCCUACUUGGACCCCAACUACCAGUCCAUAAAGUGGCAGCCACACCAGCAGAACAAGUGGGCAACCCUGUAUGAUGCCAACUACAAAGAACUCCCCAUGCUGACGUACCGCGUCGACGCCGACAAGGGCUUCAACUUCUCCGUGGGCGACGACGCUUUCGUCUGCCAGAAGAAGAACCACUUCCAGGUCACAGUCUACAUUGGCAUGCUUGGAGACCCCAAGUAUGUGAAGACCCCCGAGGGCCUGAAACCCUUAGAGUGCUUCUACCUGAAGCUGCACGGAGUGAAGCUCGAGGCCUUGAACCAGUCAAUCAACAUUGAGCAGUCCCAGUCUGACCGCAGCAAACGUCCCUUCAACCCUGUCACGGUCAACCUGCCUCCAGAGCAGGUCACCAAGGUCACCGUGGGGAGGCUGCACUUCAGCGAGACCACGGCCAACAACAUGCGGAAGAAAGGCAAACCCAACCCAGACCAGAGGUACUUCAUGCUGGUGGUGGCCCUGCAGGCCCACGCUCAGAACCAGAACUACACCCUGGCAGCGCACAUCUCCGAGCGCAUCAUCGUCAGGGCCUCCAACCCUGGGCAGUUUGAGAGCGACAGUGAUGUGCUCUGGCAGAGGGCACAGCUCCCUGACACUGUGUUCCACCACGGCCGAGUUGGCAUCAACACAGAUCGACCUGAUGAGGCCCUGGUGGUCCAUGGCAACGUGAAGGUCAUGGGGUCCCUGAUGCACCCCUCAGACGUCCGGGUGAAGGAGGACAUCCAGGAGGUGGACACCACAGAGCAGCUGAAGAGGAUCUCUCGGAUGAGGCUUGUGCACUACAACUACAAGCCUGAGUUUGCAGCCACGGUGGGCAUUGACAACACCUCUGAGACAGGUGUCAUCGCUCAGGAGGUGAAGGAGAUCCUCCCUGAAGCUGUGAAGGACAGUGGGGACCUGGUCUUUUCCAAUGGGAAGACCCUUGAGAACUUCCUGGUGGUGAACAAGGAGAGGAUCUUCAUGGAGAACGUGGGAGCUGUGAAGGAGCUCUGCAAGCUGACAGACAACCUGGAGACCCGCAUCGAUGAGCUGGAGAGGUGGAGCCACAAGCUGGCCAAGCUCAAGAGGCUGGACAGCAUGAAGUCAACUGUCAGCUCUGGGGCCUUCAGCCAAACAGGGAGCCAGUUCAGCCGUGCAGGAAGCGUGCCCCACAAAAAGAGGCCCCACAAAGUAGCCAGCAAGUCGCCGUCGGUUGUCCCGGAGCAGGCAUGCAUCAGCCAACGCUUCCUGCAAGGCACCAUCAUCGCCCUGGUCAUCAUCAUGGCCUUCAGUGUGGUGUCCAUGUCCACUCUCUACGUGCUGAGCUUGCGCAGUGAGGAGGACCUGGUGGAUAUUGAUGGGUCAAGCCAGAACCUGGAUAAAACCCAGCUGGUGCGCUCCACCGCCGCGUCCGACGGUGCCAGCAGCAGGACCCCGCUGCACCCUGCCACAGAAGAUACUCAUGGUGUAGUCUUCAGCUCACCUGGUCACAGCCUUCUAGCCUGCUUCAGCCCACCGUGUUUCUCCACCUGCUGCUCUGCUGCUCCCACCAAUGCCUCCUCCCUUGCCCUCGCUGACACCAGCCCCACUCGUGCCGCUAACCGGACAGACCAAGGUCACACCUCGCUGCUACCGGUGACAAACAUCAAAGGCAAAUCCAGGGGCCUCACCGGCAAAGCCAGCUCCUACCCCAAGUGGCCAAAGACUCCUGACAGGUCUCAGAGCUUCGGCAGCCCCAAUGCCAGCCCCUCUUCCCCCUUCACCCACCUCCAGGCCAAAGCCAAGUACAUCUCCAACCUGUCGCUCUCCCGCAGCAGCUCCCCGCUGGGGCUGAGCCGGCAGCAGCGCAGCCUCGGGCAGGCGGCGAGCGAGCGGCCCCGGCAGGACCGACCUGCCCCCGACGGGCCAAGCCCAGUGCUGCACUCCAUCCGGAUCGUGGAGAUCAACAUGGCCAUCCAGGCCCAGUACUGUGCAGCUCCAGAUGCCUGCAGGACUGGAAACUUCACCUACCGCAUCCCUGUCAACCAGCUCACAGCAGUGAACACCAACCUGACCCUGGAGAUGAACUCCUCCUCAGCCGUGUCCAUCUCCCUUUGUGGCCUUGCCUCCAGUGCCCCCUGCCAGGAUGCUGUGAAGAUGAACAGCUCCACCAAUGCCACAGACACACAGGAGACAACACACCGUUGGCCCCUCGUGAUGAUGUCCUUCCAGGAGUUCACCUACCACUUCCGAGUGGCACAGCCAGGCCAAGCCAACUGCAGCAGCAGUGCCCAGCAGCUGGGACACCUUUUCACUGACUAUUAUUUCCAGUUCUUCUGGCUCUGUGAGUGAGUCCUGGCAGCACCAGUGCCCUCUGGUUGGAGAGAAGAGUGGGACUGGUGACACUGGGGAGACUCCUGUACCAUCCCUCCUCCACUAGCCCCCCACCCCAGCCCCACCUCAUCCCCAUCUCCUACGUGGAGCUGGUUUGGUCGUGGCUGGUGGUGCAGACCCUGAAGAAGAAAAGCACCUGCAGAAGACAGAGACCUAAGCCACAGGAGCACAACCAGCUCUGUGAGGAUCUCCUGGGCUCACCUUGAACCAUCUUCCACCACCCCUCCCCAGCAUCUCUCUCCAUCCUUUGUGGGGGACUUUGGUGUCCUCCAUCGUUUGUCCUUCCUCUUACACCACUGGAUUCAGAAGCCUUACUACUGGACUGCACGUGGACAGCUCUCCCACAUCCCAUAUGGGAGCUCCAUCCCAUACUGGCUUGGUGGUCCCAGCUGGGACCUUAUCAGUCCUUCACAACACUGGAAUUGCUCAACACUGGAGCCCUUUCCAAGAGCAAAACGCUGGACUUUGGCCUGGAAAGGAAGGCUGUGCCUGGACAUACUGGAAGUCCUACACUGGAGUUGCUGUUCCUUCUAGUUGACCCCACAGCCCCACUCCAUAGAACCCACACCCCCCCCUCCUUGGAGACCCCCCCCCAGGACCCACAAACGAGUUGUCCUCUGUGGACAGCAAGAGAAGGUGCAGCUUCACCACCGGCCCCACCUGUCCCCCUCCUCGCUGGACUCUUCGCCCUCUCCAGGUCUGGACCAAGGGCUGAUGGAUGGAUGGAUGGAUGGAUGGACACAAGCAGCCCACCAGAGAUGCUUGCUGAGGCUGUGCCCAGGCCAGGCUCUGCGUGGGGACACUUGCCACCAUCCCAUGGCAGAAGAAUGCCCCCCAUGCCACCUCUCUUGAGGGCAGUGGGACCCCCUGUUCUUCUCCCCCCGGCAGCGGCGUGCAGCGCUGCCACCUCCGCCUAGAGCAGCCCCUGGCAGAGCCUGCUGUGCCCUGCAGAGCAAGGCCAGCUGGAUGGGGACACGAGGCCUGGCUUCAGCAUGCCCCACAGAUCCCUGGCAAGCUCUGAAGAGCCUGAUCUUGUCCCUCAAAGGGUGUGGGGCUGGGGGCAGGAGGGGGUCAGCAGCAGCUGGGAGGCCCUCAGAAGGCAGUUCCAUGGAGUGUCUUGGGGGUGGUUUGCUGUUACAAGUUCUUAACUUGCUAAACUACUGAAUUAUUCCUUCUCUCUUUUA